GUGUAUGAUUGCCAAACACCUUUCUUAUCCAUUAACCUGGUCAAAACAGGUGCCGGCAAUCACAAAUUAAGAAAAAAGUCCAGAAGCAGAGCCAGUGGCGGUGCAGGAACCAGUGAGGAAGUGGGCCACUGAAAAGACAGCGGCAGCUAUCAAUUAACUUAAUUCGGAGGUGUCACAGAAUGGGAGGAGAGGUGCCCCCCUUUAGAGCAGGAGCCCGGCGGCAGAUGACUCCAUUGCCUCCCAGAGUUACGCCUCUGAGCAGAACAUCGUGUCUCUCCUGAAGAGGGUCAUGUUGGGAGAACGUCGGAGGAUACAACAGGACCGAGCCCGGCGACAUGGCUUUACAGCCAUACCAGGCACAAGCCCAGCAACCAUGACAGACCUCCAGGCAGACCAGGGCCCAUCAAGCCCUCCGGCUUCCACCUCCUCCACCACCACCACCCGGCCAGUGGACGUACAUGUAGCCAAAUCCUCAAUAAGCCUCCAGUCGCACCUGGGCCGACUGCGCCCUCUGGCUGCCUCCACCACCACUCCACAUUCAAGCAUUCCUGGACCCUCAAUAAUGAGAGUCCUCCAGGCUUACCUGGACCUACUAGGUCCUCUGAUGACCACCACCACCACCCCACCAUCCGGCAUUCCUGGACCCUCAAUAAGCCUCCAGGCUGACCAGGGCCCACUGCACCCUCCGGCUCCCACCUCCACCUCCACCACCACCACCGCCACCACCACCACCACCGCCCAACCAGGACCAGAACAGAGGGCAAUCUUUCGAGGGAGCAAGUCCGGCAAUUGCUUCUGAUCCUGUGGGCGGUGGUGAACAGAAUCUUUCAGCUUAUUUUACAGCACAUUUAAUUUUUGUUGAUUUCUUUCAUGGUUUUUUUUUUUUUAUUAA